CCGUCGUCGGUGUUCCCCGGGAGAACAGACAUAAUCGUGAUGGAGACUUGGGUCCGCGCCGCCGUGGAGGCCAUCCACUCGUCUCGCGCCCAAGCCGUCAUCUACCUCGCCGGCGGGGCCUCCCAGGCGCUCGGUUGGCUCCUCUCCGUGCCCGGCGCGUCCGGCAGCGUCCUAGAGGUCGUCGUGCCUUACUCCAGGGCCUCUAUGGCGCAGCUACUCGGCAAGUUGCCCUUGCAAUUUACAAGCAAGCAGGCCGCAGAGGACAUGGCGCUGGCCGCGUUCAACCGUGCCCUCAAGCUUUCUGGACCAGGUCUACAAGUAAUGGGUGUUGGCUUUACUGGGUCACUCGCUAGCUCACGCCCAAAACAGGGUGAACACAGGUUCUAUGUGUCAACACGAACACAAAAUUGCCUCAGGACAUCACAUGUAACAUUGUCUAAGGGUUUACGGAAUAGAGAGGAAGAGGACAAGGUUUCAAGUUAUUUUGUGCUCAAGGCAAUUGCAGACGCAUGCAGAGUUUCUGCUACCAUUCAGUCAGACCUUCAAGAACCUGAAAUUCCAAAAGAAAGUGUGGAACAGUUUGAUGAAGACCAAGAGCUCCAGCAAGUUAUUGAUGGUCAAGUCUGCAUGAAAGUAUACCACUUUUCUGAUCCAGCAGAAAAGAAUUUCGACCGGAAACUAAUUCUACCUGGUUCAUUCAACCCCUUGCAUGAUGGCCACCUUAGGUUGUUAGAGGUUGCAUCAAGCAUGUGUGAUGAUGGACUUCCGUGCUUUGAGAUAUCAGCAAUCAAUGCGGACAAGCCCCCACUAUCUAUUGCAGAAAUUAAGCGUCGUGUUGAACAAUUCAGAAAAGCAGGGAAGAACGUGAUCAUAUCUAACCAACCAUACUUUUACAAGAAAGCAGAACUUUUCCCAGGCAGUGCUUUUAUAAUAGGUGCAGACACUGCAGCGAGGCUUGUUAAUCCUAAGUAUUAUGGAGGUGACUUCAACAGAAUGCUGGAGAUUCUUCUUGAAUGCAAAAACACUGGCACAACAUUUCUUGUUGGUGGUCGAGAGAUCGAAGGAGUUUUCAAGGUCCUUGAAGAUUUAGACAUUCCAAGAGAGUUGAAGGACAUGUUUAUCUCUAUACCAGAGGAGAAGUUCCGGAUGGACAUUUCAUCUACUGAAUUAAGAAAAAGCCAAGGGCUCUGAUUUGUCAUACACGUGAUCAUGUUCUACAACAUAUACGAGAUGUCUGUUUCUUGGACUGAGUCUUUGCAAAUAGCCAUGGCAGUGUUUGAUGCCAUAGUUUCUUUAUGCAGAUAGUUAUUUUAAUGUGUAUAUUAGUAAACCUAAAACACAUACCAGCAGUAUUACGGAUCAGAAUGCUAUGAAUGCCUGUUUUUUUCUUCGAAAAUCAUGUAA